GACACUCACGCACGCCGCAGCAAUGCCUUGGAUUUAAACAUUUAUAUCAACCUUUGGAUUCUGUGGAUGCAUGUUGAUGAUCAGCGAUGGGGGUCUGUGUUCUUUUUCAUUUUCCUCUGCUUCUGCUGCUGGCCAUUCAGGCUUUUGCAGAAAUUCGCUACUCGAUUCCUGAGGAGGUAAAACACGGCACUAUUGUUGGCAACGUUGCCAAGGACCUGGGCCUUGAUGUCAGCUCUCUUGUCGAUCGACGGUUCCGAGUGGUUUCAGAAUCCAAAGAGGCCUUCUUUGAGGUAAACCAGCACAAUGGGGCUUUGCAUGUGAACAAGAGAAUAGACAGAGAUGAGUCCUGUCGGGGCAGCGGCGCCUGCCUUGUUGAGCUUAAAGUCAUCGUGGAAAACCCUUUGGAAAUACAUUAUGUAGUUGUAGAAAUCACCGACGUCAACGACCACUCUCCUACUUUUGUUGAAAAAGAGCAAACGUUUGAAAUAGCAGAGAAUACGCUGCCAGGGAUGAGAUUCCAGCUGCAUGCAGCACAUGAUCCUGACGCAGGGAUGAACUCCAUACGUGCAUACACUCUGACAGCAAAUGAACAUUUUGAAAUUGAUAUCCGCCAAAGUGAUGAGGAUAAAGUUCCAUUUUUGGUGCUGAAGAAAUCUCUGGAUCGGGAACAAAAGGACAAACACUGGCUGCUGGUCACAGCGGUGGAUGGAGGUAAACCUCCACGAUCAGGCUCUCUAAAUUUGUCCAUUAUUGUCUUUGACACUAAUGACAAUCGACCUAUAUUUAGUCAAGAAAUGUAUCAAAUUACAAUAUCAGAAAAUGUUCAAAUUGGCACUUCAAUAUUUAAAAUGAACGCAACAGAUCCAGAUGAAGGCACUAAUGGAGACAUUGAUUAUAGCCUUGCAAAAACAUUAAAGAAAAAUGUGUAUAGUGUUUUUGAAAUAGAUAAAUCAUCUGGAGUUAUUAGAGUAAAAGGAAUAAUUGACUAUGAAGAUAAUGAUAUUUAUAAACUGGACAUAGAGGCAUCAGAUAAAGCAAUACCUUCUCUGACAGGUGUGUGUCAAGUAAUUAUAAAAAUAAGAGACAUUAAUGAUAAUCCACCAACAAUAGAAGUGACGUCAUUGUCUGAUAAAGUACCUGAAGACUCUAAGCCUGGUACAGUUAUUUCCCUCAUUAGUGUGAAGGAUGAAGACUCAGGUGUGAAUGGUAAAAUCAUUUCCACCAUAAUAAAUGAUGUCCCUUUUGAAUUAAAGCCUUCCUACAAGGAGAACAUAUAUUCAGUUGUCACUAAAGAAUAUUUAGAUAGAGAGAAGGUGUCACAUUAUGAAAUCACUAUACAAGCCACUGACUGUGGUGAGCCUCCUUUAUCAACGUUUAAAACUCUCAGCAUUCAGAUAUCAGAUGUUAAUGAUAACAGUCCACACUUUGAAAAGAACCCGAUCGAGUUCUACCUGACUGAAAACAAUGUUGCUGGUAAUUCUAUUUUUUCUGUAAGUGCCAUAGACAAAGAUCUGAAUGACAAUGCAGCUAUUUCUUAUCACAUUGUGAGAGAGGGCCGUCACAAUGACAUCAUGUCUUUCCUCAACAUUAAUUCUGAAAAUGGAGAAAUAUCAGCUCUAAAGAGUUUUGACUUUGAGACGCUGAAAAGUUUCCAAUUCCAAGUAGUGGCCACAGACGGUGGAAGUCCUCCACUGAGCAGCAACGUGACAGUGAACGUGUUCAUUCUGGAUCAGAACGACAACGCUCCAGUCAUCCUGUAUCCAGUCAGCUCCAACGGUUCUGCUGAGGAGAUUCCCCGCAAUAUGAAAGCAGGAGACUUGGUGACUAAAGUCAGAGCCUAUGAUGCUGAUAUAGGAUAUAACGGCUGGUUACUGUUUUCACUGCAGCAAGUCACUGACCACAGUCUCUUUACUUUGGACCGCUAUACGGGCCAGAUCAGAACACUUCGCUCAUUCACAGAGACGGACGAGGCUGAGCAUGGACUGCUCAUACUGGUCAAAGACAAUGGCAACGUUUCCCUGUCAGCAACAGCUACUGUGACUGUCAAACUUGUGGAGCCCAAAGAGGCUUUUGCAGCUUCUGAUGUCAAACGUGCAGCAGCAAAAGUGGACGAGGAGGACGACAAUGUGACUUUUUACCUCAUCGUCACUUUGGGCUCGGUCUCGCUGCUUUUUGUCAUCAGCAUCAUCGUGCUGAUCGCCAUGCAGUGCUCCAAAUCCACAGAGUACACUUCCAAAUAUCUCCAAGACGCUAAUUAUGAUGGGACACUGUGUCACAGCAUCCAGUACAGAUCAGGAGACAAACGCUACAUGCUAGUUGGACCCAGAAUGAGUAUAGGUUCUACUAUAGUCCCGGGUAGCCACGCCAACACUCUGGUGCUCCCUGACAGGAGACACACUUCUUCUGGGGAGGUAAGAAGCAUAUUUUUUUCGAAAAUUGAUUGCUUUCAACAAGUUAUUUGUGCACUUUUAUGA